UAUAUUAACACAUCUCUCUGCACUUUUAGUUGUUGUAAAUCACAUCAUCCGUCGAUUGUGGAUCGAGAGGUUUUACCAGUGAACAUGUUUUCGUUGGUAGCGUUUGGCGUUCUCAGUUUUAUAACAAACAGUUUUGCUAUUUGUCCAGAAAAUCCCGCACUACAUGCUGAAGAAUGUGUUGAUAUGUUUGCCCGCUUUGGAAAUGCGAGUCAGCAGGGACCAGAAGCUAUUUUACAAAUUUGUUCGGAAAUAUAUGAUUGUUUAAGAGAAAUGAUAAAUGAUUGUGGGGUAUUUAGUAAUAUGGGAAUACAACAGAUAUCGCCUGAAGAUUAUGAAAGAAUGAAAUCUGGUAUAGACGUAGUCUGUGUUGGUGAUAGGUCUACAAAUCAUGUUGUUAGUGAUAUAUCAAAAAGAGCGAUUGCCAUAGACGAUGUUGUUAGUGAUAUAUCAAAAAGAGUAAAUGCCAUAGGUGAUGUUAUCAGUGAUAUAUCAAAACGAGAUGAUGACACAGUAGGUGAUCUUGAUUUCCGGAUUACCCGACAAGAGUGUUAUACAAGAUUAUCGGAAUGUGUCCCAUAUCUGUCAGCUAUUGCUUCUAAUUUAUCAGACGCCUCACUAAGUGAAAUGUGUAUGCAUGCAACUCAAGCUAUGACUUGUCUGGAAGAGUUUUCAUCUAAAUGUUCAACCGUUUUUCCUAAUAUAAAAUUAUCAGAGUUGGAAGACAGUAUUGUACCACUGAGAGUACUGUGUAACCAGGAUAACAAUGAAAUAGCUCUGUCACAAUAUCAAGAAAGAGAUUUAACCCAAUCUAACACUUUUAAUACGAGGGCUACUGAAAAAAAAUGCCAGGAAAUGGGUGAAUCAUGUUUAGCUAUAGUCGAAUCCCUUGGUAUUGCACGAGGUCAAAGAGAAGUAAUGUGCAACGGAAUAAGGAGUAUGCUAAGUUGUCUCCAAAACGUUUUGACUGAAUGUGCAGAUCAACUACAAAAUUACAAUGUUGAUACCAUGAUGGCUGCAUACCAACAACAACUUGGUAUUUACUGUAACGGCAAUGAAAAUGAAAUUGGUGGACCAGGACCUAUGUCAGGUGGACCAGGACCUAUGCCAGGUAGACCAGGACCUAGGCCAGGUAGACCAGGACCUAUGGCAGGUGGACCAGGACCUCAGCAAGUUCUUUCCCACUGUGAAAAUAAAUUUAAUGAAUGCGGACAAUAUGGUGCUCAGUUAGAAGCGGCAGGUGCGCUGGACCCAGUCGCCCGUUGUGGUGUUAUGAGACAACAUGUUGAGUGUAAUGAUCAAUUACUAGCAGAUUGUGGUUCAAUCAUGCCUGAAAUGAUUAAACAGCGUUUAGCAGCCGCCGGUCAACAAUACAAUCAAACAUGUGUUAGAUAUGACCAUGCAGAUUUAACCCAAUCUAACACUUUUAAUACGAGGACUACUGAAAAGGAAUGCCAGAAAAUGAGUGAAUCAUGUUUAACAAUAAUCGAGUCCCUUGGCGAUACGGCUGGUCAAAGAGAAGUAAUGUGCAACGGAAUGAGGAGGAUGCUAAGUUGUCUCCAAAACGUUUUGACUGAAUGUGCAGGUCAUCUACAAAAUUACAAUGUUGAUACCCUGAUGGCUGCAUACCAACAACAUCUUGUUAUUCACUGUAACGGCAAUGAAAAUGAAAUUGGUGGACCAGGACCUAUGUCAGGUAGACCAGGACCUAUGCCAGGUAGACCAGAACCUAUGCCAGGUGGACCAGGACCUCAGCAAGUUCUUUCCCAGUGUGAAAAUAAAUUUAAUGAAUGCGGACAAUAUGGUGCUCAGUUAGAAGCGGCAGGUGCGCUGGAUCCAGUUGCCCGUUGUGUUGUUAUGAGACAGCAUGUUGAGUGUAAUGAUCAAUUACUAGCAGAUUGUGGUUCAAUCAUGCCUGAUAUGAUUAAACAGCGUUUAGCAGCCACCGGUCAACAAUACAAUCAAAUAUGUCCAGGCGGUAAUAAAGCUGUAGUGCCAAAGAAAAAAACAGGACGACUUUCUCCGGCAAAGUGUGAAGCAAUGAUUUCUAAAUGUAAGAGAAAAUUACUAGGAUAUGAAGCUGGUAAUAAGGAAAAGUGUCUGCAAGGUUACAAGACAAUGAGAUGUUACAGAAGAGCUGCUAAAGUUUGUAAAUUGACAAGACCUAUUAGAAAGGAAAUUAAAGCUUUCAAAAAAUCUCAUAUAAAUACUUGUGGCAAGAAGAAGCCAAGGGCUGUAGAUGAUGUUUAUGAUCUUGAUGGUCUUGAUGAUAGUUUUGAUAUUUAUAUUGCCUGGUUGGACGGUGAUGAUAUUGAUGCUGAUUAGGCCAUUACGUUUUAAAUAGAUAGUAUUUAAUCACAGUGCCUUUAAACGUUAUGUUAAAAUAGAAA